UAACAUUUGCAGUGCAAGGAUAGUGAAAAAUGUUUUCCCUACUUCUUCUGAUAAGUCUAUUAUUAGGGAUCCUUUUAGUUCGGGAGUAUUUGCGAAGGAGACAUGCAUUUGCCAAAGAUCUACCGGUUGCAGCUCGCAUUAAGGAGAUUCUUGGCGUCGAUUACGGGAUGAUCGGCCUGACAGACGAACAGCGGUUCGACAUAUUGAGUCGAAUGUUUGGAAAGUACGAUCGGUUUUUCCAGAUUUGGGUAGGUCCAACAAUAGUGCUAGGAGUAAGUCAUCCAGAUUUGAUGCAAAAAGUUCUAGCGCAUACGGAUUGUUUGCAAAAAGCUUUCUUCUACGAUUUCGUAGGAUUUGAGCAUGGUGUUUUCUCAGCGAAGUAUGACUUGUGGAAAGGGCAAAGAAAGGCACUUAACCCGACAUUCAAUCUGAGGAUUUUGAAUAGUUUUGUGCCAAUUUUUGUGACAUGCUGUCAAAAACUAGUGGGUGAGAUGCAUCAGGUGAAAGAAGGGGAUACGAUUGACAUGUUCAAGUACACUUCGAAAUGCGCAUUAGAGAUGGUCUGUGGAACCACACUUGGUAGCGAUGUGCUUAAUCGGGACGGCAAGGAUGCCUUCUUAAAGCAUCUCGAAGAUAUCUUUGGUUUUAUUUCAAGAAGAAUGCUAGGUAUACAUUUGUACUUUGAUGCAGUUUAUAAGUUAACACCAUCUUAUCGAAAAGAAAUGUAUGCGCGGAAAGAAUGUGUUGUAUUUGCAUCAAAGAUAGUCCAAGAGAAAAAAGAGGCUUUUCGGCUUACACAGAAAACUGGAAGCACUCAAGUUAGCAACGAUUCGGACGAAAGGUAUGAAUACAAAAAACCUCAAAUUUUUAUUGAUCAACUGUUUUCAAUGAGUGAUAAUAGUCGUGCAUUCACUGAUGAAGAAAUUCUCCAUAAUGUGUUCGUAAUGCUGGUCGCCGGCAAUGAUACUUCCGGACUUGCAGUGGCUCACGCGUCAUUGUUCCUGGCUAUGUACCAAGAUAUUCAGGAAAAAGUUUAUCCAGAAAUUAUUGAACACUUUCCCACCGAAAAUACACCUGUCACUGCAGAGUCCCUGAAACUACUAGUGUAUACCGACAUGUUUAUAAAAGAAGUGCUGAGACACUGUCCGGUGGCUCCGAGUAUCGCCCGUACGAAUAUAAAGGAUAUAGAGUUAGAUGGCAUCAACAUUCCGGCUGGCAAUAUAUUCACUUUUAACUUUUGGGUACUGCACAGAAGAAAAGACGUUUGGGGUCCAAAAGCGUACAAAUUCGAUCCAGACAAUUUUUUACCAGAGCGAUGCCGCGACCGUAAUCCAAAUGCUUACAUGCCAUUCAGCACUGGAGCUCGGAAUUGUUUAGGCGCACGCUACGCAAUGAUAAGCGUAAAAGUUAUGCUCAUAUAUAUCUUGAGAAACUUUCGGUUACACACUGAAAUUAAACAUGAGGAUAUCAAAUAUAAAUUUGGCAUGACAUUGAAAAUGAGUACUCAGCAUUCAAUCCAACUUGAAAAACGUUGCAAAUCUUAAAAACAAUGCAAGUUCUACAUAGAUAAUUACGGAGAAACGCGAUUUCUUACGGCAACAAAAGCAAUUUAUGGACAUUUCGGAAAAGGAGUUCGAUCGUAAGCCAAUGAUCUUCGUUGAUCAGUUGUUG